AUGGGUAGGCAAUUGGUGAGAUAUUUACAUGAACAUGAAGGAAUGCUUUUUAGCUUUCUACAUUUCCUAGUUGUCACCUACCGACCAACUGCCCUGAAUGACCAGAUUUAAAGAACCGCAGCCUGACCUGGCUGGCCCCUUUUCUGAACUCGUCAAUUCCACGACUUCGCGCACUGGCCGUUGGGAGAAAGUGUGGCUGUGUCCACUUUUGGGUCUCAUGGAAAACGUGGCGGCUUCGCAAGGCCUCUUCCACGGCUGCUGCAGACCCAAGGAGGACGUGUCCGAGAUCUCCGAGCUUGACGGGACGUGAAGGAAAGAAUCGAGGGUUACCCCGGAGUUCGGCUGAGCACUGCAGCCCCCGCGCCUGGCAAGGCGUGGCAGCUGGCUCCGUCCUUCCACCUCGGCUGGCGGCUGCGGAUCGGGCCUUUCAGCGAGUGGAGAGUCGAGAUCCCAAACCGUGCUGCUUUCGACCUGUGCCAUCUCACCAUCCGUCCAGCACACGCACCUUCUCUCCUACCUACCCAUCUCCCACCCAGCGUCAGUAACGGAUCCUCACACUCCUCCCAUUAAAGUGCUAAGUCGUACUCCGCAACUUGGCUGGACCGGCGCUUGGCAAAAAACCUUGCCCGACACCAGACUGGACGCGCCCGGACGCCAGGCAGCCGCACAGCCGCAGGUGAGUCUCGCUGUGAAUUGCUCCGUGGGCCCGGCCGUCUUGAGCCUGAGGCCCUCUAAGGAACGUCAGGUGACUCGCGCCUGA